CACGGGUGAUUUGUCUGGUAUCGCAGAGAAAAACAAAAUUAUAAAGGCAUUGGAUUAACUGAAUCCGUAGAAAGGAAAUAUACAGACUAAAGUAAAUCUUUCGGAAAUCAGAAUUCUGCAAUGAAUUUCCACUAGUGUCAUUAUUUCUCGAUCGAUGUCUGUGUGUUCUUUCCUAUUAAGAAUGGCGGAUAAGAAGAGGAGAACAACAAUCAAAAGGCAAGUCGCUUCUCUCGUUCUAUUUCUUUGCAUGUGGGCCCUCAGAUGCGAGACGGUUCGCUAUUCUAUGCCUGAGGAAAUGGAAAGCGGGUCCUUUGUGGCUAAUGUAGCAAAGGAUCUAGGGCUAGACCCGAAGAGACUGUCUGCUCGCAGUGCCCGUGUGGUUUCCGAAGGCAGCCGCCAGCAUUUCCAGCUAAACAGCAACACUGGGGACUUGUUUAUUAAAGAGAAAGUGGACAGAGAGGAACUAUGCGGGGAAGCGGACCCCUGUAUGGUGCAAUUUGAAAUAAUCCUGCAAAAUCCCUUACAAGCCUAUCCCGCUGAGAUAAGAGUUUAUGAUAUAAAUGAUUAUUCUCCAGUGUUCUCAGAAAAGGAAUUUAUUUUAAAAAUCCUGGAAACGUCUGACCCUGGCUCUCGGUUUCCCUUGGAAAAUGCCCAGGAUCUAGAUGUGGGAAACAACAGCCUCCAGAACUACAGCAUUAGCAAUAAUGACUACUUCCAUAUUUAUACGCGGGUUCGGAGUGACGGCAGGAAAUUCGCAGAGCUAGUGCUGGAUAAACCACUGGACCGCGAGGAGCAGCCAGAGGUGAGUCUAGUGCUCACAGCCGUGGAUGGCGGCUCUCCCCCGAAGUCCGGCACAGCACAAAUCCAUGUCAUUGUCCUCGAUGCCAACGACAAUCCUCCUGUGUUCUCUCAGACCACUUACAAAAGUCGAGUUCUGGAAAACAGCCCCAAAGAUUAUCUGGUUGUCACUGUUUCUGCUACUGAUUUAGACGAGGGAAAUUAUGGGGAAAUAUCCUAUUCUUUCAGCCAGAAAUCCAAAGAAAACAGUAAAACUUUUAAUAUAAACCCAGUGACAGGGGAACUUCGACUCACAGGCCAAUUGGAUUUUGAAACUAUUGAAACAUAUGAGCUAGAUGUUCAGGCCACAGAUGACGGGGGGCUGUUUUCCCACUCUAAAGUGCUUGUGGAGGUGCUGGAUGUGAAUGACAAUCCCCCGGAAGUUAAAGUAACGUCCCUCACCAGCCCCAUACCUGAGGACUCCUCGCCUGUAACAGUGGUGGCGCUUUUCAGUGUCAGAGACAGGGACUCUGGGAACAAUGGGAGAACAGUCUGCUCCAUAGAAGAUGAUGUUCCAUUUUCUUUAAAAACAACUUUCAAAAAUUCCUACUCUCUAGUGACUGAAUAUGUGCUUGACAGAGAGAAAGUAUCGGAGUAUAACAUCACCAUCACAGCCAGGGAUUUGGGAACUCCCAGUCUCUCCACUGAGGAGAGAAUCGUCGUGAAAAUAUCCGACAUUAAUGACAAUUCCCCAGAGUUCAGUCAAACAUCAUACACUAUGUAUGUCCGAGAAAACAACGGCCCAGCCGUCUUGAUAGGGAAGGUCAAUGCUUUUGAUUCAGAUUCAGAGCAGAAUGCCAAAGUGACAUACUCUCUAUUGCCUUCUGAGAACAGCAGCUCCCCCGCUACUGACCUGGUUCCCAGAUCGGCGAAGGCGGGUUACCUGGUGACGAAGGUGGUGGCUGUGGAUGGAGAUUCCGGUCAGAAUUCUUGGCUUUCCUAUCAUUUGUUGAAGGCCACUGACCCAGGUCUAUUUACUAUCGCUUCCCAAAAUGGUGAAAUAAGAACCACGAGGCUAAUAACAGACCGAGAUACGGUGAAGCAAAAACUCAUUGUGCUUGUUAGGGACAGCGGAGAAUCACCCCUUUCUUCAUCUGCAACUCUAAACAUAGCUCUAGUGGAUGGCUUUUCGGAUGCAUACAUGCAGUUUACAGAUGUAGCUGUGGAAGAGGAAGAGAAUGACACAUUAACGAUGUACUUAAUAAUUUCCUUGUGUUUAGUAUCGUUUGUCUUUUUUAUUUCAGUGAUAAUAUUUAUAAUUAUCAAGCUUUAUAGAAGAAGGAAUUAUGGAGAAAAAUACAUGUCUGCUUCUGGCAAUUGUUGUGGUAAUAGCAACUUCCAAAAUAAUUUGGUAGAUAUAACGGGUAACGGAACUCUGUCUCACAGUUAUCGUUAUGAAGUCUGUUUAACAACUGGAUCAGGAAACAGUGAAUUCAGAUUCCUCAGACCAAUUAUCCCCUCUCUCCCACCUCAGCAUGGCAAUGCUGGAACGGACUCUGGAAAAGAACAGGAUCUUCUUACUAACUUUGAUCUAACCACGGACAUGAAAUCAGCGAACCAGGUAGUUUUGCAAUUUAUUUCUGGUGUGAUAACACUAGGUGAUGAAAGAUUAUAUGGCAGAUGUUUCUAA